GAGAGCCCACGUGAGCGGUGGGGAAACGCAGGGGCGGCUUCUGGUUGCUGCUUCUGCUGUCGCCGCCACCACCGCCGCCGCCUUGGAACCGGGGCCUGGGGGGCGGUGGGGCCUCGUAUGGAGCCCCCGCCCCCCGGAGCUGCCACUGCCACCGCCGCGCCACUCGCAGGUACUCCUGGAAUGGCGUGAGUGCUUCCCUAGUGAUGGACCCAUCUGUGACGCUGUGGCAGUUUCUGCUGCAGCUUCUGAGAGAACAAGGUAAUGGCCACAUCAUCUCCUGGACCUCACGGGAUGGUGGUGAGUUCAAGUUGGUGGAUGCAGAGGAGGUGGCCCGGCUAUGGGGACUGCGCAAGAACAAGACCAACAUGAAUUACGACAAGCUUAGCCGGGCCUUGCGGUACUACUAUGAUAAGAAUAUCAUCCGCAAGGUGAGCGGCCAGAAGUUUGUCUACAAGUUUGUGUCCUACCCAGAGGUUGCAGGGUGCUCCACUGAAGACUGCCCACCCCAGCCUGAGGUGUCUGUAACCUCGGCCAUAGCCAUGGCCCCUGCUACUGUCCAUGCAGGCCCAGGGGACACUGCCACUGGAAAGCCAGGAACACCAAAGGGUGCAGGAAUGACAGGCCAAGGUGGCUUAGCACGAAGCAGCCGGAAUGAAUACAUGCGCUCGGGCCUCUAUUCUACCUUCACAAUACAAUCCCUGCAGCCACAGCCACAGCCACCCAUUCCUCCUCGGCCUGCCUCAGUGCUUCCCAACACUACCCCUGCAGGAGUACCAGCACCCGCCUCAGGGAGCAGGAGCACCAGUCCAAACCCCUUAGAAGCCUGUUUGGAAGCAGAAGAGGCUGGUCUGCCCCUGCAGGUUAUCCUAACCCCACCAGAGGCCCCAAACCAGAAAUCCGAAGAGUUGAGUCUGGACCCAAGUUUUGGCCAUCCACAGCCCCCAGAAGUCAAAGUGGAGGGGCCUAAGGAAGAAUUGGAAGCUGCAAGGGCUGGAGGCUUCAGUUCAGAAGCUGUCAAAGCUGAACCAGAAGUCUCAGCCUCAGAAGGCCUGCUGGCUCGGCUCCCAGCCAUCCUAACAGAGAACACAGCCCAGGUGUGUGGCCUCUCCACUUCCACCACUGAGAUCACCCAACCGCAGAAGGGCCGAAAGCCUCGGGACCUGGAACUUCCACUUAGCCCAAGCCUGCUGGGUGGCCAGGGACCUGAACGGACUCCAGGAUCAGGAACAAGCUCUGGUCUUCAGGCACCGGGGCCAGCGCUAACGCCAUCCCUGCUCCCCACACAUACCUUGACCCCGGUGCUGCUGACACCCAGCUCGCUGCCCCCUAGCAUCCAUUUCUGGAGCACUCUGAGUCCAAUUGCACCCCGUAGUCCAGCCAAGCUCUCCUUCCAGUUUCCGUCCAGUGGCAGCGCACAGGUGCACAUCCCUUCCAUCAGUGUGGAUGGCCUCUCGACCCCCGUGGUGCUCUCCCCAGGGCCCCAGAAGCCAUGACUACCACCACCACCCCUUUUUUGGAGUCCAUCCAUCUAUGCUCCUGAACUCUCCAGUUAGCCAUCUCAAGGAGAAACAUAGUUAAACUGACAGACUUAAGCUCUGAUUGUGGUGGGGUGGAUAUUCCUGGAAAAGUGAAUAUUUCACUAACUCCUCCACCCAAAACAGACAACUUCUUUCUUCUUUGCCAGCCUCCCAGUGGCUGCCCUUACACGUCUCCUACUUCAAUGGUGGGGCGGUUUAUUUAUUUAUUUUUUGAAGGCCACUGGGAAGAAUCUGGCCCAACCUUUUUAGGGGAGUGGGUAAGACAUCUCACCCAUUUCCUCCCCAUUUUUUCCUAAAACAAGACAAUCAGGGCAUGGCUUGAGAGGAACCUUUAUUUAUUUAUUUCUCAGCCUGCCCUUGGGGAGUUGAGGGUGCCCUGUCUUCAUUUUGCGACAUGGGUUGAAGAACUAGCUUGUUUUGUUUUAUUAUUCCUGGCUGUAUCUGAGUCCAGGGAGCCCUUGUACGAUUUAAUGGUUUGGGAGUGGUAGCCAGGGAAUCAACACUGUUAAAAUAGGAAUUGCUACCUCCCUAACCUUCUUCUCAGUCAGCUUGUUCUUUUCUCAAGUAACCUUUUGGCCAGGGAGGACUAUUCCUUUUGUUGUUCUUCCCCCCUGAGAAGCCAUUCCUUUGUCUGCCAAAUUUCCUGGGGCCCUGCCUAUUACCUCCCAAUGGAGGGUUUUUUUGGGUGGUGGUCCCCGUCUGGGGGGCCCCUCCAGCUAGUACUCCAGGUCUCUGUCUCCCACCCCCUUCCAUUUUGAUAGUAUAAUCUAUUUUUAAAUGGGGCUUUUCAAUAGGGGAGAGGGAAACAUCUCUUCCUAUAUCAGAUGGGUGGGUAGGCGGGUGGGUGGGAAGUAAGGGAUUUGGAGGCGGUCUUCCUGCCACCCCCAAGUGUUUAUUUUUUAUACCAAACAUGUAUUUUUGGCUCCCUCCCAGCCCCCCAAUUUCCUGCAGGCGGGUACAAAGGACCCUUUUAAGUGUCCCUGGAGUUGGGAGGGAGGAAUGGGGGACAUGGAGCCUGUCUUAUAUCAAUCUAGGCUGGAGGAGGUGGAUCAAAAGACUCCCAGGCUCACCUCCUGUCAGCACUGGCCCAGACCAGGCCUGAAGACCUGGGGGUUGGUGAUUUGGGGGACGGUGCUAUACUCGUCUCCACUACUUGUUUUGCUUCCCCAAAAUGGACCUUUUUUUCUAAGAGUCCCAGAGAAUGGGGAAUUGUUCCUGUAAAUAUAUAUUUUUAAAGGUGUUGCUGAAAGCUGUUGGUAUUUUUUUUUCUCCUGUGUCACCAAAAUAAGCCAUGACAGCCACGAAUAUGAAGAACAAUAAGGGCGAGGCAAAGAUUGACUGUGAGAGAGGCAAAAUGAUGGCAUAUGUCAGAGACUGAUACAGACUGCUGAUUGGUAACCAGUGUGAUGAGAGAAACCGAAAGAUUUUAAAUAUGUGUGUCGCAGGUCAGAAGUGUGACCGCAAACAUUUUUGUACAUGUGUAUGCAUGGUCUUAUGUGUGGUGUGUUGUCUACUGGAACACUGUCCCCUCCUUUGAGACAGGGUCUCAUCUUUGCCUAAACUUACCAGUUGGGAUACACUUGCUGGCCAUCAAGUCUCAAGGAUCUACCUGGUUCUACCUUGGGAUUACAAGCAUGUACUUCUAUGCCUGGAAUUUUUACCUGUAUUGUAGGGAUCAAACGGUCACCUUUUACCACGUUGACUCCUUUAUUCACAGGGUUGUGCAAAGCAAGUGUUUUAUUGACUGGGCCAUUUCUCCAGUCCCAACCAUUUGUAGAUGAAAAGUCACACUGUUAGUAGAGAAAUGGUUUUGAGAAAUGGUUUGUGUGUGAAAUUAAGUCAUGGAGGUAUAUGUUUAAGAAGCUGAUUGUGUGAGCCAGGUGGUAGAGGCACACGUCUUUAAUCCCAGCACUGGGGAAGGAGAAGCAAGUAGGUCUCAGAGUUCAAGGUCAGCCUGGUCUACAGAGCAAGUUCCAGGACAGCCAGGGCUACACAGAGAAACCCUGUCUC